AUGUGUUGUGACUUAUGCCGUGUGAUCAGUUAUUGGAUUAUUGUUUACAAUUUUUGUUUUGAUUCAUCACAUUGCAAGCUUUCUAUCAAGCGUCGCCUGCACACGCCGCCGCUGUCCGUCUGCUCCAUGAGCAUUCCUGGUAUGAGAGCAGGAUGUGUAGUGCUAGCGCAAUGGUUGCGUGAUCGGUCACCAUGCGCCUCUUCCGCGGUGCGAAGCGCAGGGAAG